AUGCCGAUGUACCGGGUAAAGCCCUAUCACGAGGGCGGCUCAUCUCUCAGCGUAGAGCUCCCCACCUGCAUGUACCGGCUCCCCAACGUGCACCGCGGGACCGGCUGCCCGGCGCAGAAUGCGAGCCACGUGCAGGGCGGGUCUGACCCAUCUCUUCAGGCUCUGGAGUCCCGGCAAGAUAACAUUUUAAAACGUCUGUACGAGUUGAAAGCCGCUGUGGAUGGGCUCUCCAAGAUGAUUCAGACGCCAGAUGCGGACUUGGACGUGACCAACAUAAUCCGAGCCCAGGAGCCCACCGCCCUGUCAGCCAAUGCGUUGGACUUAAAUUCAGUCCUCGGGAAGGAUUACGGGGCCCUCAAAGACAUCGUGAUCAAUGCAAACCCUGCCUCGCCGCCCCUCUCCCUGCUGGUGCUGCACCAGCUGCUCUGCAACCAGUACAAGGUCCUGUCCACUGUGCACACGCAUUCAGCAGUCAAGAACGUGCCAGAACACCUCCUCAGGUGCUUUGGCGAGCAGACCAAAAGCCAGCCCCGUCAUGAAUACCAGCUGGGCUUUACUCUCAUUUGGAAGAAUGUGCCCAAGACUCAGAUGAAGUUCAGUGUCCAGAGGAUGUGCCCCAUCGAAGGAGAAGGGAACAUUGCACGUUUCUUGUUCUCUCUGUUCGGCCAGAAGCAUAACGCGGUGAAUUCAACCCUCAUCGACAGCUGGGUGGAUAUAGCCAUUUUUCAGUUCAAAGAAGGCAGCAGCAGAGAGCGAGCCGCUGUGCUCGGCGCCAUUAACUCCGCUCUCGGGAAGAGCCCCUGGCUGGUGGGGAACGAGCUCACCGUGGCGGACGUGGUGCUGUGGUCUGUGCUGUGGCGGGCGGGGGCCGGGGGCGGCAGUGUGCCCGUGCCGCCCAACGUGCAGAAGUGGAUGCGGGCCUGCGAGAACCUGGCCCCUUUCAGCGCUGCCCUCCAGCUCCUGAAGUGA